AUGCUGCUCUCAGGACGCAUGAACCGAAGCCUAUCCUGGCUCUCAGACCAUACCUCCGCCGAGCCAGAUCCUCCAAAAGGCGUACUGGAAAUGGAUAUGGCGGAGAACUGGCUUAUCCGACCAGACGUACUUCCUUUGAUCAAAGACGCCGUGUUAUUGGACAUGAAACGGCAAGAUCUCUCAUAUUCCCAAGAGCCUGGUGGACCUCCAGGCCUUUUGCAUGUAUCGGCAUCAUUUUUCAAUCGCUUCUUCUCUCCUCGAGUUGCCGUUUUACCGGAACACAUCGUGACGAGCACAGGGUGUUCAUCGACUAUCGAGACCCUUAUAUUCUCGAUUUGCGAUCCUGGGGAUGGUAUACUACUGGAAGCACCUAUGUGGGAUGGGUUUGCUGUCACUUCAAUGCUGAGAAACAACGUCAGCAUAGUUCCCGUGAGAUACUCGACACGACCAAAAAAUGCAGCAGAUCUUGUAAAGCACUAUAGCGAAGCGAUGAAAUUGGCAACGUGCCCCAUUCGGGCCCUCAUACUUUGCAAUCCCCACAACCCUCUUGGUCAAAUUUAUCCUCCCCUAUGGUUAGAGGCCCUGCUCCAAUUCUGCGAAGCUCACAAGAUCCACUUCAUUUCGGACGAGAUAUACGCUCUUUCGAAUUUUGGGGCGACUAGAUACGGUAAAGAUGCUAAUCCCGAUACUGUGAUUGGGUUAGAAACGAAGUUCACAUCGGUAUUGUCGAUGGACCUGAAGCGACUUGGCGUCGACCAUGCUCGUGUGCAUGUAGCUUACAGUAUCAGCAAGGAUUUGGGUAGCAGCGGGCUUCGAUUGGGCUAUUUCAUUACGCAGUCAAAUCCCGAGCUUCGCCGUGCACUAGCGGCUCUCAAUCGGUUCAAGGUGUGCAACAUGGCAUCAAUAGCCGUUGCUUCUCUCUUUUCGAAUCUUCAGACCGUUGAAAACGUACUGAGCCUCAACAAACCUCGCCUGCGCAAAGCAGCGGAGAUAGUAGAGGAUUUCCUGUCAUUCCAUCAGAUUGUAUUCUAUUCACCGGUUGCUGGCUGCGUCAUGUGGGCGCGGGUUGGGGGCGAGCUAGCAACGAAGGAAACAGACGCAAAGCUAUUUGAAAAUUUCGGAGCAGCAGGUGUGGCCGUUGGUGCCGGCUCCAGGUUCAAGAGCGGGGAGGCGGGUUGGUUCAGAAUUACGUUUGCUCUACCUCGAAAGAAUCUGAUCGAAGGGCUACGCCGAAUCGAAAUUGGGAUGGAGGCAAAGCGGCAGUGGAUACCUGAAAAGGUCCAAUUGUGA